CCCUACCCAUCUCUGGUGCGGUCCGGUCACCCUGAGUCCUGUAAACUACCUACCAUCUCCUUCCACCUGCACUAACUGUAUUGUUGCAUGUUGAAUGCCUCCUCACCCCCCAAGACCUCAUUCAAUGCAUUCCUUUCCCAGAAGUGAUUUGUAACCGUAAACCCAAAACUUCCUAUGUGCAAAGGAUCUGUAAGGAGACAUGACUCAGGCAGCCAUUCCAUGCUUGGAUAUCUUUGUAAAUACUCAAGACGUGCUUCUUCGGAACAUCAGUGCCUUCCACCCUGUGUUUGCAGCAGGAGCCUCCCUAGGGUUCCCUGGUUUUCCAUCAACCUCAACCCUGUCCACCUCUUCCAUUAUCCCCUAUUGCCUCCUUACCUUGAAUUGCUAUUCAUCGGGUAUUCUUCCUCUGCUACAAAGGCCUCUUGUCUCCUACUCUGUCAUUCCUCUUGAAUCCAUCCCCUGAUGCCCAAGAGACCCCGUUCAAAGCCUUCAUCUCACCCUUGGGUCUCUACUCUAAUGGGUUCUUUUUUUUGGGGGGGGAGGGUGCGGAAACAGGCUCAGUUUUCCUUACCCAUCACCUGCCUAUAUCCUCACCAAGUCAUAUUCCUGUGUGCCAAGUUCACCCACCCUUAGGAGGGCCAAGGAAGGAAAAUGAUUUUUUUCCAGUUCCUCAAAUAACAAAGUCCUUGAGCAGAGAAGCGUCCCCUAGACAGCACUGCGUUUUCUUGGACGGCUGUAAAUGGGUCCAAUCCCACGUAGACACCCUCAAAGAUUCCUCAGCACAGAAUGGCUUUCCUGCUAAAUCCCAGUCUCCAGUCACUCCCCUUUCUAUGUAAACAACCACCACCAAUGAGGCCAUAAAGCAAUUUUUCCAAAGGGAAUGAGGUGAUUGCGGUGGACUGGAAGGGCCUGAAGGACGUUGAUCAAAUCCACAUGGACAGCACCAGCUCCCUGCACGGCAGCAGCCUCCAUCGGCCUUCCACGGAGGAAGGCUCUCUGAAGAAGGUGGGGUUACUGAUAUCCCUGGAUGUGCCCAGAUACCAUUCUCUUUCAUCUCUCCUACAGCAAACACGAACUGAUUUCUCCUGGGACGGCAUCAAUCUCUCCAUGGAGGACACCACUUCCAUCCUUCCAAAGCUUAAGCGAAACUCUAACGCCUAUGGUAUUGGAGCCCUGGCCAAGUCAUCUUUCUCAGGGAUCUCAAGGAGCAUGAAGGACCAUGUGACAAAGCCCACGGCCAUGGGACAAGGCCGGGUGGCCCACAUGAUUGAGUGGCAGGGUUGGGGGAAGGCGCCGGCCAUUCAGCCACAGCACAGUCACGAGGCGGUGCGCAGGGACACAGAUGCUUACUCUGACCUCAGCGACGGCGAGAAGGAGGCACGUUUCCUAGCAGGUGUUAUGGAACAGUUUGCGAUUUCCGAGGCCACACUCAUGGCCUGGUCUUCCAUGGAUGGUGAGGACAUGAGCGUCAACUCCACCCAGGAGCCAUUGGGCUGCAACUACAGUGACAACUACCAGGAGUUAAUGGAGAGUCAAGAUGCCCUGGCUCAAGUUCCCAUGGACGGCUGGCCUCACUCCUAUGUGUCCCAGGGAAUGUACUGUCUGGGGUCGUCGGAUGCCUGGGAAGCGAGUGACCAGUCUCUCAUUGCGUCACCAGCGACAGGAUCCUAUCUUGGCCCCGCAUUUGAUGACUCACAGCCCAGUCUGCACGACAUGGGGCCCUCCCAACCUGCUUCGGGAUACUCUGUUCAGGAUCCCACACCUUUGAUGGGCACAGACACUGACUGGGUACCUGGCAUGGGCGGGGUGGACCUGGCCAGGGGUUCUACAGAGGAGGAGAAGAGGCCACUGGCCCAAGAGGAGGAAGAGGAUGCGGGAUGCAGAGACCUGGAGUCGCUCUCUCCACGAGAAGACCCAGAGAUGUCCACUGCUCUCAGUCGGAAGGUGUCCGAUGUCACGUCUUCAGGUGUACAGUCCUUUGACGAGGAAGAAGGGGAUGCCAACAACUAGCUUCCUCCCACCCGAGGGGCAUAACCGCAGCCCAUACCCUCCUGUGCUCUAGUACAGGUAAAACCCAGGCAGAAGACAGCAGGGAACCACCGGGAACUUCCAACCCUCAUUGCCUGCUCAUCGGCCCCGGAACGUGGAAGACCAGCUGGGGGGGGGGGGGUUAUGUAGGCUUGCGCUCCACCCUUCCUGGAGCUGAGACCCAGGCAGCUGAUGGCCGGUGGACCUGGCGUGGUGAUGGGAGGUGAGCCGCUGCCAGGGCUUCCGGGUCCGUGCGCAGGCGCGCUGUGCUGGAGACUGGACCUCAGUUCUUCCCCCCUUUGCCUGGUUUCGUCUUCCAGGAGCCUUGGCUGUGUUCUCUGAAUGCCUCCUUUCCCUAUUUCA